AUGCUAUACGAAUUUGAAAGCACACUCUUUUAGGUUGAACACUUAGAAAAGUUUCCAAGUCUUGAAGAAUAGCCCUUUCUAUAUAAGUACAGAGCAAGAACCUUAUUACAAUAAUUAUUGCAAAAAACAUAAGACCCUUUGCAAUAAGCAAUCAUCCAUUACUAAUUAGGAGUAAAUUUUCUAGAUUGUGAAGAAAAUGGAGAAUCUAGAAAGAAUAUGGGCAAAUCACUAUAACUCUUUUCUUAGAUUGAAGAUAUAGAAAAUUACCUGACUUAUAUUCAAUCAAUCUACAAUCACUUAGGAUUCUUGGCAGUCAAUUUAGAUGACAAUGAAACUGGAUUAGCCAUAUUGGCUAAAGCUGAACGAUUAGGGGAAUACUUAAUAGCCAAAGGAGACUUUGAAAAAAGACCCUUAAAAAUACAAGGAGGAUUUGAAAGAGCCUAAGAAUUUUAUACAAUCACCUUGUUUUAUAUUGCCUAGGCAUAUACAAAACUUGGAAUCAAAGACAAAGCUGCUUAUUAUUGUGGAUAGACAAUGUUGAGAUAAUUCAAAUCUAAAACUUACGAAUUAAGAGAUUUUGUUAUUAAUUGCAUAUCUUUAUCUGAGUAUUAUUCAGGUAUUUGGAACUUUGCCUAAGCUUUUUAUCUUCUCUUAGUCGGUGAGGCAGUCAUCCCAGAAGGAAAAAGAAAAAAGCUUCGCGCCACUUUGCAAAUGGCUUAAGGGAAAAUAAUCGGAGAUAUGAUGUCCUAUUGUGUUGACUGUAUUAAGAGUAAUUAAUAGAAUGACCCCAGUCUUCCUAAACUAUUUAAUAAAUAUAGCAUUACAUUCGAUGGUGUUAAUGUUAAAUAAUUAGUAUUCUAACCAAGUAAAACAUUUGAUGAAAUUAAGUCCUUGUUUAGAUAAUCUAAUACUUUAUAUAAAAAGGCCAUGACAAUAUUUGUUUUAGAUGGAUUUGUAACAGAACACAUUCAAAUGCUUAGUGAAAUCUCAAUUAUGUAUAAAGUUAUAAUGAGUCUUGAACCUGAUCCUAAUAAUGUGAUUGCCUAUUUAGAAAAAAGAUUAGAUUUGCUACUUCCUGUUUUUAAUGCCAUCAAUCCAAAAGCUUAUCAGAAUACAUAUGAAAAAUUAUUAGUUGAAAUUGCUGAAAUCAAUAACGAAUUGUAUGAGUUUUUAGUUAAAUUUAAUGAAAUUGACGAUUUCUAAGGAGGCAAAAGUAAAAAGUUAACUGAAAAAAUGAAUAAAGCUUGUCUCAAUACAAUAUAAUAUUAUGAAAAAAUAGUUGAAUAAUUGAAAUUGCUUGAAGAGAAAUAGAGAGACUAAGCAUAUUAUUCAUCCAUAACUACAGCUUAUUUCAACAUUGCUAAGGCUUAGUCUAAGUUCUUUUCAAAGGACAACAAAAUUAAAGUGUAAUAUUUAGUGAAUUCUCUAAACUAAUAUAAACAACUAGUUUAGUUUAUUAACCAAUAAAAUUAACAAAAUGAAUUUUAAGCUGUUUUACAGAUGUGCAAGGAGAUGAUUUAGAUAUUACCAUCUAAAAUUGAUAGAAUUAAUUAUAUGUGA